AUGGCUGCCCCCGCCCUCAAGUACAAGGUCGCCGACAUCUCCCUGGCCGCCUUCGGCCGCCGCGAGAUCGAGCUCGCUGAGAUCGAGAUGCCCGGUCUCAUGGCUAUCCGUGAGAAGUACGGUGCCGCUCAGCCUCUGAAGGGUGCCCGCGUUGCUGGUUGUCUUCACAUGACCAUCCAGACUGCUGUCCUCAUCGAGACCCUCACUGCCCUCGGUGCUGAGGUUACCUGGUCCAGCUGCAACAUCUUCUCCACCCAGGACCACGCCGCUGCCGCCAUUGCCGCUGCUGGUGUCCCCGUUUUCGCCUGGAAGGGUGAGACCGAGGAGGAGUACAACUGGUGCUUGGAGCAGCAGCUCCUUGCCUUCAAGGAUGGCCAGAAGCUCAACCUCAUCCUCGACGACGGUGGUGACCUCACCUCCCUUGUUCACACCAAGUACCCCGAAAUGCUCGAGGGCUGCUUUGGUCUGUCCGAGGAGACCACCACCGGUGUCCACCACCUCUACCGCAUGGUCAAGGAGAACAAGCUCCUUGUCCCUGCUAUCAACGUCAACGACUCCGUCACCAAGUCCAAGUUCGACAACCUGUACGGUUGCCGUGAGUCCCUCAUCGAUGGCAUCAAGCGUGCCACCGAUGUCAUGAUUGCUGGCAAGAUCGCCGUUGUCGCUGGUUUCGGUGAUGUCGGCAAGGGUUGCGCCCAGGCUCUCCACACCAUGGGUGCUCGCGUUCUCGUCACCGAGAUUGACCCCAUCAACGCUCUCCAGGCUGCUGUUCAGGGUUACGAGGUCGUCACCAUGGAGGAGGCUGCUCCCCUUGGUCAGAUUUUCGUUACCACCACUGGUUGCCGUGACAUCCUUGUCGGCUCCCACUUCGAGGUCAUGCGCAACGACGCCAUUGUUUGCAACAUCGGUCACUUCGAUAUCGAAAUCGACGUUGCCUGGCUCAAGGCCAACGCCAAGUCCGUCCAGAACAUCAAGCCCCAGGUUGACCGCUACCUGAUGGCCAACGGCCGCCACAUCAUCCUCCUCGCUGAGGGUCGCCUUGUCAACCUCGGCUGUGCUACCGGUCACUCUUCCUUCGUCAUGUCCUGCUCUUUCUCCAACCAGGUCCUUGCUCAGAUUGCUCUGUUCAAGGCUGAGGACAAGGCUUUCGGCCAGCAGUACCCCGAGUUCGGUACCUCCGGCAAGAAGCCCGUUGGCGUCUACGUUCUGCCCAAGGCUCUCGACGAGCAGGUCGCCUACCUUCACCUUGCCCACGUCAACGCCAAGCUCUCCACCCUCACCCCUGUGCAGGCUGAGUACCUUGGCCUGGAUGCCAAGGGUCCUUACAAGGCUGACCACUACCGUUACUAA